AUGAACGAAUGGUCUGCGUCCUCUUCGGAACAUGAUGAAACGCAACCACACAUUCCCGAAAAUGUUUCCAACAACCUUGGUGCCAUGACGAAAACUUUGGAAUUAUCUAAACCUUCAACAUCUCAUUCAUUGGAUUUAAAGGUUCAAAACAACUCGAAUAAUUUUUUAACCAAUAACCCUCCGAAUGAUUUGGACGAAGAUGAGAGUGGUCGAGUCAUGGAGAGAACAAAAUAUUCAAAACUCUUUUCGUGGAUGUAUUUCUAUUUUGGAAAAUUUAGAAGGUCACCUUCGGAAAUGAGAGCUUGGUUUUUGAGAGCAGCCAAGCUAAUUGCUGUAUUUUUGUUUUCUCAAAUAAUUUCGGCCUUAUUGACAAGUACAGGAAUUUUUAGUACAUUUUUGACUGAUCGAGUUCAUGUCAAUUUACCUACUUUACAAAAUGCUCUUUCUUAUUUAACAUUAUUAAUUUUUUACAUGCCACUCCUAUUGGUGCACAAAGUUUGUUAUCCAACUGUGACAAUUACGACAAGGAAAUUUCGAAAAAUGAGACGAAAAACUCUAACAACUAGUUGUGAACAUUCUAAGGAAAGGAUGACAAUGGGUGGCCACGUAACACUUCAUGAAUCAUCUCAUCAUGAUAACAUUUUGAAUGGAAAUGACUCUUCGUCGUAUGAAAUGUCACAAAAGAGACUGACCGAACAAAGUCGAUUGCUCUCUCCAGUGUCAUCUUUUGCACAAUUGGAUUCCAUAAAUUCCUCUAGUGGUCAAAAUGAAGAGGUGCCGUCUUCAAGUACCCACCUCAAUACCGAACAUUCACAAUUACAUCCAUCUUUCUCACACAAUAUUCAAUCAGAAUUGAAUUUAAACACUUCACAAGCAACAUUUACUUCUCAACAAGUCCAUCAUCAAAAGAAUUAUUCUCAAAAAGUUUCUCAACUUGUACAUGAUCCGACUCUCGAAGAAAAUCCAAUUUGUGACAAUGAUUAUCAACAUGACGAAGAAGAGCUCCAUCAUUGUCUUUUCAAAUACGUCAAACGAUGCUUCACUUUCACACGAUGGAACAUGAAACCAUGGAAAUACUUUUUCUUUGCGUUGGCAGAUGUUGAGGCCAAUUUUUUCGUGGUCAAAGCGUAUCAAUACACGACUAUCACUUCAGUCAUGCUGUUGGAUUGUUUCACCAUUCCUUGUGUCAUGAUAUUGAGCGCUCUAUUUUUGAAUCGAAGCUAUCGAUGGACUCACAUUGUUGGUGUAUUGAUUUGUUUGGGAGGAUUGGCAUUACUUGUGUUAAGUGAUUAUUUGAGUCAUAUUGAAAAACAGCAAGAUGAAAAUUCGAGUAAUGAUCGACCAUGGUAUCAUGUAUUAAUUGGUGAUGCCUUUUGUAUUAUUGGCUCUGCUUGUUAUGCGAUUAGUAACGUGGCACAGGAAUAUGCUGUGAAAACGGAGGAACAUUUUACUGAACUUGUGGAAAAAGAGGAGGAGGAACAUUCUGAGGAGACAAGCCCACCAUUAACUACAGCAACAACGAUUGCCACAGGUGCCUCCAUAACAUCGAAUAAUGAAGGCUCAUCACCAAAUGACGAUAUACAACAGCAACAGGAGGCAAAUAAUUUGACCAAAGUGUUUCAUGUUCAGGACGUUGUUGUGAACGAUUCUCAAAAGAAACCUUUGAAAAAAAUCAAACUCACUGAAAAUGAUUGUGUGAUUGAAUAUUUGGCCAUGAUGGGACUUUUCGGAACCUUUAUUGCAACCAUUCAGCUAUUAAUAUUCGAAUUGCAAGAUAUUAAGAAUACGGAUUGGAAUUCAAGAUCUGUGUUCUUUAUGGGCGGCUUUGCUGCUUCCAUGUUUUUGAUUUAUACACUUUCAUUUCGAGUAUUUUCCUAUUUGGACAAACUAUUAAUUUCCUUUACUAUAUUGCCUACUUUAUUAUUGCCAUUGGUUUAG